GCUGCUUUGGAAGAAGUAGAAGGAGAUGUAGCAGAAUUGGAACUAAAACUCGAUAAGCUUGUGAAGCUUUGUAUUGUGAUGAUCGAUACUGGAAAAGCCUUUUGUGUUGCAAAUAAACAGUUUAUGAAUGGAAUUCGAGACCUAGCACAGUAUUCUAGUAAUGAUGCUGUAGUUGAGACAAGUUUGACCAAGUUUUCUGACAGCCUCCAAGAAAUGAUAAAUUUUCACACAAUCCUGUUUGACCAAACUCAGAGAUCAAUUAAGGCACAGCUUCAGAACUUUGUUAAAGAAGAUCUUAGAAAAUUCAAAGAUGCCAAGAAGCAAUUUGAAAAAGUCAGUGAAGAGAAAGAAAAUGCAUUAGUAAAAAAUGCUCAAGUACAAAGAAACAAACAGCACGAAGUUGAAGAAGCCACAAACAUUCUGACAGCAACAAGAAAAUGUUUUCGACACAUAGCCCUUGACUAUGUACUUCAGAUUAAUGUUCUUCAAUCAAAAAGGAGAUCAGAAAUCCUAAAAUCAAUGUUAUCCUUUAUGUAUGCCCAUUUGGCCUUCUUUCAUCAAGGAUAUGAUCUGUUUAGUGAACUUGGGCCCUACAUGAAAGACCUUGGAGCACAGUUGGAUCGACUAGUUGUGGAUGCAGCAAAGGAGAAAAGGGAGAUGGAACAAAAACAUUCCACCAUUCAACAAAAGGCUGCAUUACAGGAUUUCUCCAGUGAUGAUUCUAAGUUAGAAUACAAUGUAGAUGCUGCAAAUGGCAUAGUCAUGGAAGGAUAUCUGUUCAAACGAGCCAGCAAUGCCUUCAAAACAUGGAACAGACGCUGGUUUUCAAUACAGAACAAUCAGCUGGUUUACCAGAAAAAGUUUAAGGAUAACCCUACAGUUGUAGUUGAAGAUCUCAGGCUCUGCACAGUAAAGCACUGUGAAGACAUAGAAAGACGAUUCUGCUUUGAGGUGGUCUCUCCCACGAAAAGUUGCAUGCUCCAGGCAGAUUCUGAAAAGCUGCGGCAGGCGUGGAUUAAGGCUGUUCAGACCAGUAUUGCAACUGCUUAUAGAGAGAAGGGUGAUGACUCGGAGAAGCUGGAUAAGAAAUCAUCUCCAUCAACAGGAAGUCUAGAUUCUGGAAGUGAGUCAAAAGAGAAAUUAUUGAAGGGAGAAAGUGCACUGCAACGGGUCCAGUGUAUCCCUGGCAAUGCCAGCUGCUGUGACUGUGGCCAGGCAGAUCCGAGGUGGGCCAGCAUCAACUUGGGUAUCACCUUGUGUAUCGAGUGCUCUGGGAUUCACCGGAGUCUUGGGGUUCAUUUUUCAAAAGUACGAUCUUUAACUUUAGACACCUGGGAGCCUGAACUUUUAAAGCUUAUGUGUGAGUUGGGAAAUGAUGUUAUAAAUCGUGUUUAUGAAGCUAAAGUGGAAAAAAUGGGAAUCAAGAAACCACAACCAGGACAAAGACAGGAGAAAGAGGCCUAUAUCAAAGCAAAAUAUGUGGAGAGAAAAUUUGUGGAUAAAUAUUCUAUAUCAUCAUCACCUUCUGAGCAGGAAAAAAAGUUUGUCUCCAGAGGCUGUGAAGAAAAGAGGCUGAGCAUUUCUAAACUUGGGCCAGGUGACCCAAUCAGAGCAUCUAUCCAGAGUUCAGUGGUUGCUGUAAAUAGCGACGAGGCCAGGCGGGAGUCUCUCUUCUGUCCUGAUGAGCUAGAUUCACUCUUCUCCUACUUUGAUACUUCUUCAAAACUGCGUAGUAUCAAAAGUAAUGACAGUGGGAUCCAGCAAAGCUGUGAUGAUGGAAGAGAAUCUUUACCGUCCACAGUGUCAGCCAGUAGUUUAUAUGAGCCUGAAGGAGAAAAACAAGAUUCUUCUGUGUUUCCCGACUCUAAACAUCUUAAUCCAGGACUUCAGCUUUAUAGAGCUUCGUAUGAGAAAAAUCUUCCAAAAAUGGCUGAGGCUUUGGCUCAUGGUGCAGAUGUGAACUGGGCUAAUUCAGAGGAAAACAAAGCAACACCACUUAUUCAGGCUGUACUAGGGGGCUCUUUGGUGACAUGUGAGUUCCUCCUCCAGAAUGGUGCUAAUGUGAACCAAAGAGACGUCCGAGGGCGGGGACCACUGCACCAUGCCACCGUCUUAGGACACACAGGGCAGGUAUGUUUAUUCCUAAAGCGAGGUGCCAAUCAACAUGCCACUGACGAAGAAGGGAAGGACCCUUUGAGCAUAGCUGUGGAAGCAGCCAAUGCUGAUAUAGUAACCUUGUUACGGUUAGCAAGAAUGAAUGAAGAAAUGCGGGAAUCAGAAGGACUUUAUGGACAGCCAGGUGAUGAAACUUAUCAGGACAUUUUCCGUGAUUUUUCACAAAUGGCAUCCAAUAAUCCAGAGAAACUAAAUCGUUUCCAGCAAGAUUCACAGAAAUUCUGAAUUUUUAAAGAAGGGAGAAUAUAUGAAAUCUGGUGACUUCCUAAUGUGUGCAGCUGAAAACUCACAACUUUUGCAUUUAUAAUUCUACUUGCUUAAUUUUGGUAGAUAGAUAUUGCAUAGCUUGGGGAAAAUACCCAUUCACUGAUAGUUUUAUAAAUUGAAACGACCUCUCAUAGUUGGAAGAAGAGUCUACUGUAGUACCUCUUUUAUUGAAAGGGAAAAAAAUAAAUCCUCUUUAAAUGGCUAUUUUUUUUAAUAACUAAAAGUUGAAUCUAGAUUAGGGCCACCUCUAGGUUUCCAAGAUGCUAAGUGUGUAGAGGGAAAAAAAAACUAUUCUCUUGCCAAUAAUACUAUUAUUUUCCUGUGCAUCAUGCCCAGGAUCAUUCAGUGAAAAAUGUCUAUGUCAAGUGGGAGCCAGCUAUCCUUUUCUGUCUCAAGAAUGUGUCUUUCUUUAGCUUCCCUGAUGAUUUUGGGUCGUUCAGAGAUAGGUGUAGUGUAUUUUUUUUCUUGGUAACCUAGCUAUCAUAUAUACACUGUAAGAUUUACUUAUUAGAACUAGAGAAUAUGCUUUCCCCCAUUUGCUCAGAAAUACCAUUCUACUCUUUAGAUGAUAGCUUACUAGAUUAUCGACCAGCACUCAACAGACACAUCAUGGCUGUUCAAGUAGACAGUAAUUCAGUCCUUCAGAUUUAUUCCAUCUUAUGAAGCAAAGGAGCUCUUAAUUUUUUUUUCAACCAUCAAAAGGAUCCCAGUUCAAAAGUUGUAGUUCCUUAUUGUUGGGUUUAUUUCCUAAAACCUUAACAAAUUAUCAGUAUAAUAAAACUGUGUUUCAAAGAUUACGUUGCAAAAUUAUACUUUAACCAAAAUGUAAGUUCCAAAAGGAAAAUUGAUUUAUUAAUCUUUGUAGGGCUUUUUAUAUUUGAAAGUUGUUAUUUUUAAGAUACAGUUUUCCUAGUGCUACUGGUGAAAGAAAAAUCUCUUUGCAUAACAGAGAAAAAAGCCUGUUUUUCUUAUUAUAUUAAAAUAUACAGCAGGAAAUUCCUUUUACUCUUUUCUACACUUAGCCUUUGUACUGUACACAGUCUACAUUCUUUUAAAUUAUAUAUUAUGAAUAUAGUUUUAGAAUUUGGGGACGUGAAUCACAGACCCUUGAGUUCCAAGAUACUAUGAACAUACCUGUUUACCAUUUAUAUACUACAAACUAGUCUGAUUACAUUUUUGACAUGUCUUAUCAGGAAUAUAGAAUAAUUACAUAAUUUGCCUUGUGGUUCCUUUUCGAUGUUGUGAACAGUUGGUUUAAUAUUCUCUUAGAAAUGAUGUCAGUGAUGUUAUUGGUACUCAGUUUCUAAAGAAAAGGUUUUAAACUUGUAAAAGAGAUAUUUAAUCAGAAAGAUAAUACAUUUUUCCCUAAUAAGUAGAAUCUUAGAAGUUGAUUAAACUCCAAAUCAGAAUCUAAGAAGUUAUAUUGAAAUAAAUUCACAUCAUAGAAAAUGUUCCAUAAUUUGGUCAAAUUGCAAGCAUGUAAGGCUUACUUAGUAAAUAUAGUCACUAUGUAUUAAAUAAAGAUAAAAAUGUAGUUUGGAGUUAUUUCUGAGGAAAUAUUUUCAGAGCAUUAUAUUUUAAUUGCAACAUAAUAGAAACAUUAAAUUUUUGCUGUUUUUAUGUGAGUCACAGAUCACCUAGCUUUGUAGUACUUAGUUUAAAGGCAAAAGUUUGACUUGUAACUUCUUUUAUUAGAUUGUACUUUGAAAUUAAUUGACCUACAGAUCUCAAGGAAGACAAAUGUGUUAAAACAAACGGGAGGGAAGGAAGACAGAGAAAAGAAAGCCUCGCAUUUCCUUUAUACACAGUGUCUGCUCUUGUUUUAAUCCUAGAUGUUGCUCCUAAAGCUCCUGACCUUUGUCAGGCUUCCCUUUUGACCUGGUCCUUGGUGCUUGAGACCCCCUCUGGGACCUCUGUGGUGAUGAGGGGAACUCACUGUGCCCUCCUUUCCUCCUUGGUUUGAAUCAUGAGUUGUUAAUGCGAUAGUAAUUAGCGUCUACUUAUAUUUAAAGGUCAGAGAUGUACUUGAAGUGCUCUACAGGUGGUCAUGGUUUUGAAUUGAGUAUUUUCAGAGAAAGCCAAAUCUUUAAUGUUGCAGGGAGACUGUAAUACAAAAAUACAUAACUGGCUUUAUUUCUUGAAUGUGCUCGAGACCCCACCUGGAUUAAAUUUGGCAGAAAUGAUGGAGUAAACCACAAGACUUUAAAUUAAUACUCACAAGGUAGGUUGGCUCUUAGGUGAAUUUCACUGUGUCUGCUAGUAGCUUUUGGAUAGUGUAACAUAUCUGAGUUUUGUUAUGCCAUGAAUUAUUCAGUGCAUCAUGAGAAAUUGUAGUAAAACCAUGUUAAUCUUACUCUCGGGCUUUUUAGUCUGUGUGAUUGCCCUUUAUUUUCUUCCUAUAACUGACCUGAUGAUAGUAGUUUCUGAUUCUUUAUCUUUAUUUGGUUAGCUCAUUAUGUUUAGUCCACUCACUUGAAGAUUGGAUUAAUGUCAAAAUAAGAAUAGUAGCACUAUGAAGAGUUCAUAAAACAGUUUCAUUUUAGAAUUAGACUGGAGGUAAUUGAGCAAUCAUUUGCAAUGCUUCAUUAUAACAUUUGCAUGUGUUAGGUUCUUAGGGUUUAAAAAAUUAUUUUUAGUACAAUCCUUAGAAAUUCAGAAAUUUCCAUGGACUGUGUUACAUUAUGCCUAACUUACACUGGUUUUCACUGUAGAUUUUCAUGAACUUUAAAAUUUACUUUCUCAAACAUACAGGCUUAAUUUGUAACAUGUACUUUAGUUUUUCUUAAGUGCAUUUUAGGAAACACUUUAGACCUUUACAGUCUGCAAAAUUUUAACUUCACAACAAUGUUAAUAGUAUUUUAAAAAUGUAAUUUUAUGCAUGUAAAAUAUGAUCACAAUAAACCAAAUUGUGUUUAAGAGUAAAUAUAUUACCCAUUUGGAAUAACUGACUUUUCUAGAUCACACUUACGUUGUCAAGUUAACUCUUCUGUAUGAUGAUAGCAUUGACAUGAGCUGGAAAAAGUUUAUAUUUUUAUAGAAAUUAUGGCCAGAGUGACUUUUGAGGUGUGUGAUUUAGUAGAAAGGGCACUGGAGUAAUAGUCACUACCCUUUUUGAUUCAGGGCUUCUCACAAAAUGAAAUGAGUGGGUGAAACAAAGUGAAAAAACAAAAACAUCUGUAUUUUGCUAUUUAAAAUGUACUUUGACAUUAGUUUAUCUCACCUCUUCUCACCAUAGUAUUCUGAGAUCAUAGAGCUUCAUCUUUGCCUUUUGAUCAUAGUGUGCUCCCGUGUUUUACAGAGGUGGUCCCUCAGUUUGCCAGUUGGUGGCAGAGCUGACACCAGAACCCAGAUCUGACUGACUAUAAGUCAGAGGCACUUUACUUGUAUCAUGAAAUGCUGUAAGGCAGCAAAAUCUAAUAAUGACUGCCAGCUUUCCUUGUGUUUCGUAAUGAAGAUGCCAGCUAUUCUAGAGGACCUUGUUUCAAGGUUUUGAGGAAUAGAUUGGGGUUUGAAGACAUCAGAUUGUAAGAAAAUUUACAUUUUUGUAAUGGCAAACAUCAAUGAAAGCAAAAUAUUAUAAAGGUAAUUUGAAUUAAGCAUUUACUGAUUUCUUGAUGCUUUCAAAUGAACGAGGUAAAAGAGGCUUGGAUUUAGUUUUGUUGAAUCCUAACGUAUAUAAAGAUGGGUUAUGAACAUCAUUUUCUGUUUAGAUAAAUUUAUUCACUUAAAAUUUGAUAAUUUGGGGACAAAGCAACAUUUGAUGAAAUGAAAUUUUCUCUGCAUUGGUCUUCUAGAUUUACUUUUUCUCACUCUCCCCCAAAUCCCUAUUCUGGGUGUUAAUCUUCAACAGGGAAAGCUUGCUACAUUAUAUAAAGAUUGUUGGCACCAUUUAUUUUACACAAAGGCUAACAGUUAACUUUUUGAAAUAAUGAGAUACUUUUCUGUAUGUGUAUACUUGUCCUUUGUGAUAUUCCUGGAUCAUUCCAGUCAUAAAGACUUAUUACAUGUAAUAUUUCUUGCUACCUGUGAAAAGGUAUAUUUUAAAGAAUGUAUAACCAACACUCCAUUUACUUAUUAGUAUGUAGAAGAUUUGUAUCUAAUUCAUGAAUGUAGUUUUACCCUAGUCUGUCACUGUAAAUGGAGCAAAGUACAUACAUUAUUGUUAUAGCUAUUCUAAAAUGUAUAUUAUGUAAGAAUUGUAAAUAUUAUACUUGAUUAAGUAAUUUGUAUGCUGAAAAAUUACAAUAAUAAGUCAAUAAAAAUCUUACC